ACAAAGAUCUGUACAAGGACAUCAUGAUGGAGGAUCACCAGCCCCUCACAUCACCAGGUGACGGCACCAGAAGCUCAGAGAGAAACCUGAUAUCUUCACAUUUUAAAUCAAAUAAUCUUGGGAUAAGAGAAGAUGCAUAUAAAGAGCUCCGAUAUAUCUCCGAUAUAACCGCAGCCUUUCACAGCAAAGAUCCAUUAUAUGUUCCUUUUUACCAGAUCCAAUUUUCUGAACAAAACAAAAAUCACAGAAAGGGUGUUGAACCUCAAAACGCUCAAACAGGGGAGAAGCCGUUCGCAUGUCCGGAAUGUGGGAGAGGUUUCAAGCACAAAUCAUCUCUUGUUGGGCAUCAGAGAAUUCACACAGGGGAGAAGCCAUUUUCAUGCUCAGAGUGUGAGAAAAGUUUUAAGCUCAGAGCAGAUCUUGUUAACCACCAGAGAACACACACAGGGGAGAAGCCAUUUUUAUGUUCAGAAUGUGGCAAAUGUUUUUCUUUCAGAAAAGCUCUUGCUGUACAUAAGAGAACUCACACAGGAGAGAAGCCAUAUCUAUGUCCUGAAUGUGGGAAAAGGUAUAUCGACAGUUCACAUCUUAUUAGGCAUCGGAGAAUACACACGGGAAAGAAGCCAUUUUCAUGUUCAGAAUGUGUAAAACAUUUUGAUUGUAGAGCAGAGCUUAUAACUCAUGAGAGAACUCACACAGGGGAGAGGCCAUUUUCAUGUUUAGAAUGUGGCAAGUGUUUUACUUCAAAAAAAAGUCUUGUUUUACAUCAAAAGAUUCACACAGGGAGAAAAACAUUUUCAUGUUCUGGGUGUGACAAAUGUUUUAAGUCCAAAUCCAGUCUUGUUAAACAUGAGAGACGUCACACAGGGGAGAAGCCAUAUUCAUGUUCAGAAUGUGGAAACAGUUUUCAUGACAAAUCACAUCUUAUUAGACAUCAAAAAAUUCACACAGUGGAGAAGCCAUUUUAAUGUUCAAAUUGUGGGAAAUAUUUCCACCAGAAAACAAUCUUGUUAUACAUACGUAAGAGCAGCGAUGCCCAACCACCAGGCUUUGGGUACCAGGCCGAAGGGGUGUUGGAGUUGAACGGGAACGUCAUAAGCUUAAGGCCACUAUGCUUUAUCAAGACCGCUUGCGUCGGGUCACAGGUAGUAUGACAACAUCAUCAUGCCACCAGAGACUCAGCGAAGGAGUUCGCAAUGACUUUCACGACCCUCUGUACUGUGACGCCGAUCUUAAUAAAGCCAGAGUUAUGAAAAGGCGCUGGCCUCUUCAUAACUUUGGCGGAUCCUCCGCCAGUUCUAAAUGUAAGAUCUUUUUCUACGUCUAAAACAGGCAUAGAAAAUGCUAAAUGCGACAGGCCCGUCCCCGCCCACCCAGCACCCACUUAUUUAGACCUGGUGUGAGCCGGGAAAAGGCAUAUUUCAGAUUUUUUGAAGAGGCCACUAUAUAAGGGUCAUUAUAUAUAAAGAGGCUACUACUGGGAAAUAUUAUAUGUAAAGAUGGCAGUACUGGGGAGUUAUAUAAAGACUGGCGCUUUUUGCGUACUCCUCAUCAUAAAUUAAGCGCAUCCUCCUGCAGUCCGUGUGCCUAACCAGAAAUCUACAACAGCUGUGUCUGGCCACACGCCCUUCAUCCCUUCUCUACAGAGAAAUGGGUGUCCGCUCGCACGUGCAGCGGGAGUAAUAGCCGGCGGGUCUCCGCUGUUUCAAACAGCAGAGACCCAUGGCUAAUUACCGCAACCGGCAAUAAUGCCGAUCGCAGUAAUGAAAGCCUUUAGUUGCCAUGAUCAAAUGAGAUCAUGGCAUCUAACAGGUGAAAAACCUGGAAGCGCAAGUUUUUUACCUUUUAUCCUCUGCUGCCAAUGAGGUUGCCAGUAAUUGACUUCAAUGCUUUAGGUCUCUCUGAAGAAAACAAGGGCAUUGAAGCUGCAAUUAUUAUUUUGGCCACCAGGUGGCAGGCCAACAUAAGAAAUCAGCAAUUCUGAGCAAUAAAUUGAUGUAAAAAAAUCCAUGAUUGUUCAGAAUUAAAAAAAAAAAAUUGGAUUUUGUAUGCUCAAAUAUGAGCUUCAAAAUCAUAACAAAAAGUAAAAAUAACCUUAAUCACUUGACAUCCGGACCAUUUACUCCCUUCCUGACAGAGCCUAAUUUUGCAAAUCUGACAUGUGUCACUUUAUGUGGUAAUAGCUUUAGAACGCUUUAACUUAUCCAAGUCAUUCUGAGAAUGUUUUCUCGUGACACAUUGUA